GCAGUUCUGUCUCAGACAGAGAAUAGAGUAGGUUUUUAAGCAGUUUUUCUCUCUCUAGGGUUUUUUUAAACCGUAAAUUUAAGGAACGAGGCAAGCAGCCCAUACCUUGUGACAUGCCCACUAGUGCCCAGUAGUGGUACCAUGGUAAACGUAUUGCACGGUUAAUUAUCACGGUCUAAUAAUUUUAUUGUCAGGUAGUUUUGAAUAAUAUCCUUUCUUUUAACUUGCACUCCAGUGGUGGAGCAUAUCGUCGUCCAUACCGCAGACAGGCGUAUCUGACAAAAAAUCAAAUUCGAGUUAACGGAUUCAAAUCAACAAGAAUACAUAUGAUGUUUUGUCCGAAUUGAGUCACACCUCAUCUGAAAGCGAUUCCUUUGCUGCAGUCGAGAUUUAUAAUCCGGAAGAUCCGGACUAUCAUCAAACUUUUGAAGUUAAAAGCUGUAAAGGAGAUGUGUUCACUUCCUGCUUUCAAUGCUAAAUUUUGCUAUGUUGGAAGCAUUUUGAAGAUGAUACCCUAUCCUGCCAGGACGGACACAGGACAGUACAGAGCAGUGUACUUAGCAAAAAGAAACAGGAAGAGAGGCGCCCUGAAGAUUUUUUUGUAGAAGUUUCCCAGGCAGAAGGUGAUAGGAAAAAAAGUCAGAGAAGAUAAGAGAAGAAUU